AUGGCAACACCCGCCUUCCCACCCCCUCCUCCACAGCAGCAGAGCGACCCGCCUCCUCCACAGCAGCAGAGCGACCCGCCUCCUCCACAGCAGCAGAGCGACCCGCCUCCACAGCAGCAGAGCGACCCGCCUCCACAGCAGCAGAGCGACCCGCCUCCUCCACAGCAGCAGAGCGACCCGCCUCCACAGCAGCAGAGCGACCCGCCUCCUCCCUCCACAGCAGCAGAGCGACCCGCCUCCUCCACAGCAGCAGAGCGACCCGCCUCCUCCACAGCAGCAGAGCGACCCGCCUCCUCCACAGCAGCAGAGCGACCCACCUCCUCCACAGCAGCAGAGCGACCCGCCUCCUCCACAGCAGCAGAGCGACCCACCUCCUCCACAGCAGCAGACAGCAGAGCGACCCGCCUCCUCCACAGCAGCAGAGCGACCCGCCUCCUCCACAGCAGCAGAGUAACUCGCCUCCUCCCCCCACAGCGGCAGAGCGACCCACCUCCUCCACAGCAGCAGAGCGACCCGCCUCCUCCACAGCAGCAGAGCGACCCACCUCCUCCACAGCAGCAGAGCGACCCGCCUCCUCCACAGCAGCAGAGUAACUCGCCUCCUCCCCCCACAGCAGCAGAGCGACCCGCCUCCUCCAUAGCAGCAGAGCGACCCGCCUCCUCCACAGCAGCAGAGCGACCCGCCUCCUCCACAGCAGCAGAGCGACCCGCCUCCUCCACAGCAGCAGAGCGACCCGCCUCCUCCACAGCAGCAGAGCAACCCGCCUUCUCCUCCUCCUCCUCCACAGCAGCAGACAGCAGAGCGACCCGCCUCCUCCCCUCAACAGCAGCAGAGCGACCCGCCUCCUCCCCUCCACAGCAGCAGAGCGACCCACCUCCUCCACAGCAACAGAGCGACCCGCCUCCUCCACAGCAACAGAGCGACCCGCCUUCUCCUCCUCCUCCUCCACAGCAGCAGAGCGACCCGCCUCCUCCCCUCCACAGCAGCAGAGCGACCCGCCUCCUCCCCUCCACAGCAGCAGAGCGACCCGCCUCCUCCCCUCCACAGCAACAGAGCGACCCGCCUCCUCCCUUCCACAGCAGCAGAGCGACCCGCCUCCUCCUCCACAGCAGCAGAGCGACCCGCCUCCUCCCCUCCACAGCAGCAGAGCGACCCGCCUCCUCCCCUCCACAGCAGCAGAGCGACCCACCUCCUCCUCCACAGACGGCAUACAUCAGCGGCCCGCGUCUCGUUAGCGGUGACACAGUGCUGCCGUGA